UGUGAAAGUACGUUGAUCGUGUAUUUCAGCUAUGAGAUGAGCAGAGAAGAAAGCCUUCAACGGUUAUUAAAGAAAAUUAAUAAAGGCAGUAGGGCACAAAAUGUUUUGAUUCUUGGUCAGUAUGGCUCUGGGAAAUCCACGUUUAUCAAUACAGUCUGCGCCAGUUUGUCCGGAGAAUGGGAACCACAUGCAUACGCAGGACAAUCGGGGGGUGAAGGUCGUCAGACGACAUUUCACAUCAGAAUGAUCGACACAGGGCGUUGCAUGUCGGGAUGGUGGCGAAAAAAAUUGCCAACUCUGAUCGACACCCAAGGUUUUGAGGACAAUCCGCAGGAAAUCCACAGGACGCUCCUGGAGUGGCUGUUAAAUGGUUAUUUCUCUGACGGUGAGAGCAUCAAAAAGGCUGCAGACGUUUACAAAGAUUUUGAAAAAGCCGGUCUCUCUGGAGAAAAGGGACUCCAAGCAAAAUAUGGUUUCUUCAAAAGAAGAAAAGUGAGGAUAGACAGAGUUGUCUUUGUAGCCUCUGCUUUGUCAAGACUUCCCCAGAACCUGAUGGAAUUGAUACGAAACACAACCAACUCUCCUAACAGAGCUAUUCCACUCUAUGGAGUGUUGACACAUAUGGACAAAGUUAAUGAGAGAAGUGAUGCCUUCCUCAGAACCAGAAGAGAGUUCCAGAAUAAGCUGGGACUGACCGAUGACCGAUAUUUACAGUGUACUAACUACUGUGACGACUUUUAUUUCGAGGGACACAGCAGACAUCAGACAUGUCUAGAUAUAGAUAUCCCCGUCAUUGAAUUUAUGACCCAGGUUUGUAACCCUGCUGCAAUUGCCAUUCAUCACGAAAUAACCCGGAGAUACAACCCUUGCUUCAAAGCUGGAUUUGUGAUGUUAAUAAUAUUUUCUCUAAUAGUUUUGUCCAUAUAUUUUGCAAAACCUGAUGAUUUCACACACAUAGACAUCUUUUAUUGUUUCUAUAGCAUUGUGAUUAGGCAAACAAUAAAAACUGAAGAGGAAAAAGACAAUAAAUAAAUUUUAUGUGAUAUAGUUGCAAUCAA